ACAGGAAAAACGUGCCGACGGGUUUUCAAGAGUCACGUUAUUAUUGAAAGGGGUGAGAGAGAGGAGAGGAGAGAGAGGGGAGAGUGGAGAGAGAGGAGAGAGACGGCGCGAUAACAGCGUUUGUCCUUCUUGGAGUCAGUUUGGUGACCGGCUGACGGGCAAGACGAGCGACGGACGAAGAAACUUGAGACAAUCGUACCGAGAUCCGACAUUCAGAGGGUGUUCAACCCUCCGUGGGAAACUGAAUGAGACGGUUCGCGAGAGGAGCAGCGAAAAAGCAGCAGAGAGAGGCUUGGUGAGAUAGAGGAAGAUAUUAGGCAGCGUGAAAAAAAGAAGAGCGAAGCCGUGACUGACACCUGCCCUCCAGCUCAGUGUGAAGGGCACAGGAUGGGAAAGUGAGAGGAGGGGCAUGAAGAGAGGGAAAACAGAAGAGAGAAUGAAGACAACCGGAAAACAAGACCUGCCUCACAGCAAACCUUCCUCAAAUUAGGACAUCUCACCGCAAGACAAGAUGAUUACAAGAAAUCUGCUCCUAUUGGUUUCCCUUUGCCUGUGGGAGGGGUUUGUCAGAGGUGCCUCGGCCAGUAAGAUCGUACGGAGGAGGGGAGUGGGCGGAUCGCACAUGGUGAAGCUAGGGGAGAGCAGAACCGUCGACCAGUGGGAUGCGAGCGUGGAUUCGAAUGCGAUGCCUGUGGUGACUCUUAGAAACCUGAUUAGUCACGAGCAGGCGAGUGACUCUGGAUCUUUUUCUUACUCCAAGAUAUUACAGAAUCAUCCUGCUUCAUCAGUAGCUAACAAGGAGAGGCAAGCUUACAAGCCCAAGCGAGAGGUCGACUCUGUCAGUAAAAAAGAUGCUACUCCGCGCAUAUUAGCCAGUAACAAGGAGGUAAACCAGGAUGUGAGGAAAGUUAGAAACAGCACCAAGAAUGCUGAGACGUCCAAAACAGGGAGGUCUGAGAAAACAUUUGCAAUCCAUCACAAGCCAGAUCUACACUCCAACAAAACCAGGUUUAAAUCAGGCUCCAGAUCCAGGAGCAGACCUGAUUUGAGUGUCCACACUACGGGUGUGCCGGGAAAAGGUUUUAGCAUUGAUUCAAACCGUAAGCUGAACCUCACCGGCAGUUAUGGAGUGCUGAAGCUGCUGUCGAAGGAGAAUCUAGUCAGGAUUGUGAAUUCCCAAAUGCAGAGUGUUCCCAGCCUGAGCUUUCAGAGCAAGGGCAGCCGGAGCAGGAAGAGAGAUUUGAUUGACGUUAAUCACGGACAGUUAGAGGCUCAGAAAGUGCCGAGACAAGAUAUGGCCGUCACUCAGUCUCACGCUGGAUUUGAUAAUCAGACUGCAUUUCCUUAUGUGAGCCCAGUCACCACUCCAGAUCUUAAUCGGGACCACGGCGCCGACACUCGUAUUAAUCCGCUAAGUGAAGUCAAGCCAGCUUUAAGUAAAGGGCAGGACAACUUGGGAACACAGGGCUCAGAUAGUGACGAUAACAAGAGCAAACACCUCAUCCGUUUACUGUCAACGCCUCACAGCGAGGUCAGUCUGAGCCCCGAGAAGGAAGUAAUGAUCAGCCAAACAGAACCACCAUUUACAUUGACAAAACAUCUCCCUGCGUAUGUUCCCUCUGAAACAAAUGAAUCUCCUCCGUCUGUGCUGACAAUGCAACCCCUGGGAGUGAGGCAGGGGAACAGAGCAGCAGAUUCCCAUAGAGACCCAUUAACAGAGUCAGCUCACACUGCUCAAACAGAACUCAGCACAGCUCAGUACCCUGCAGAUGAAGACAACAAACUCGUCAACAGCAGUCAUGUCCUGAGGCUCCACCCUGCUCCCGAAUGGAACCACGGCACAAAAAAUGCUGAGAUGCAAGCUGUCGAUCCAGAAAAUGGAAAGGGCCUCGUGUUUGAGGAAGCGGAGUCGGAGGUGGAGGAGGAGGAGGAACGCAUGGAGGGGAAGGGGCCACGAUCUCGUAGCAGGAGGAGCUGGAUCUGGAACCAGUUCUUUGUGAUCGAAGAAUACGCCGGGCCUGAACCUGUGCUCAUCGGACGGCUCCACACUGACAUGGACAGGAAUGAUGGACGCACUAAGUAUGUCCUGCGAGGCGAGGGGGCGGGCUCGGUCUUCGUGAUAGACGAGAAAACAGGUAACAUCCACGUCACCAAGCCACUGGACCGCGAGGAGAAGGACGAGUACCGUCUCAUCGCCACGGCCACCGACAGGCAGACCGACCGAGCCCUGGAGCCCUCGUCACAGUUCAUAAUUCGGGUGCAGGACAUCAACGAUAACCCGCCUGUCUUUGAUGAAGGCCCCUACAGCGCCAUGGUGCCCGAGAUGGCAAAUAUAGGCACGUCUAUAAUCCAGGUGACAGCAACAGAUGCUGAUGACCCGACAUAUGGGAACAGCGCCAAGCUAGUGUACACACUGGUACAGGGCCAGCAGUACUUCUCUGUGGAUCCCCAGACAGGUAUUCUACGUACAGCUGUACCCGACAUGGACAGAGAAACCCAGGACCAGUACCUGGUGGUGCUGCAGGCCAAAGACAUGGGCGGCCACCUGGGAGGACUAUCUGGGACCACCACCGUCACUGUCAGGCUCACCGAUGUCAACGACAACCCUCCUCGCUUUACCCAGAGUAUGUGGUCCUUCUCCGUCUCCGAGUUGGCCAUCCCAGGCGCCGAAAUCGGGCGAAUCUCCGCGACUGACGCCGACUUGGGCGAGAACGCCAAGCUGGACUACACCAUCCUGGAGGGGGAGACGGGGGACACGUUCAACAUCACCGGAGUGAACCAAGAGGCCGUCAUCACGCUCAACAAGGCGGUAGACUACGAGAGCCGGAGCUCCUACUCCUUCUCUGUGGAAGUCCUUAACCCCAUAGUGGACCCUCGCUUCCUGCGUCGAGGCCCCUUUAAAGACAGGGCUUCGAUCCGAGUAGCAGUCCUGGAUGCCGAUGAGCCUCCGAGGUUCUCCCGGGCCCGAUACCACAUGGACGUUUCUGAGAACUGCCCGCCGGCCUGCACUGUUGGCCGUGUCAGCGCUGUGGACCCUGACACCGGUUUAACCAAUAAUAUCAGGUUCUCCAUUGAUCCUCAGUCGGACCCAGAGGCUCUUUUUCGUAUCACCCCAGACACCGGCCUCAUCACCACGGCCAUGGAGCUGGACCGGGAACGUGAGCACUGGCACAACAUUACAGUCAUCGCCACCCAGAGAGAUAAUCCCAGCCAGGUGUCCAGAGUUCUGAUUGCAAUAGAGACCUUAGAUCUGAAUGACAAUGCACCUGAGCUGGACAGACAGUACACCACUGCCAUGUGUGACUCAUCCUCCAUCGGGCAGGUGGUGCAGGUGUUGCGGGCGAUUGAUAGAGAUGAGGGAGGGAAUGACAGCACCGUGUAUUUCAGCAUCCCUCCAGAGUCCAGCGCUGCCCUCAACUUCAGCGUCAGGGACAGUGGUGGCCCCACAGCCAGCCUGGUGCUGCUGUCCCAGCUCCAGCCGCUGUCCCGAUCCCCAUCCUCCACCCUGACGCUCCACGUGCCGCUGGUCCUCAGGGACGGGACGUCCGGCCUCACCAGCACCGGGACGGUCACCGUGUCCGUCUGUCCCUGCCUGAGAGGAGGGGCAAGGGCCGGGGAGAAAGAGAAGGACAAGCAGACGGAGGGCGAGUGGGACUGGGAAAGAGAGGCGGUGUGUCUCCCUCAGCAGUCCACACUGCCUUCACCUGGACUCAGUACCGCCGCCCUGCUGGCUAUCCUGGCUUGUGUCGCUACACUACUGGCGGUGAGUGCCCUGUCAUUGUCGCUGCGCCGUCAGAAGCGUGACUCCCUGUCGCCACUGGAAGAGGACGACGUGCGCGAGAACAUCAUAACAUAUGACGACGAGGGCGGAGGCGAGGCCGACACGGCCGCCUUUGACAUCGCUGCCCUGCAGAGCGCUCCACACAGCUCCCGCUCACGUGGUUACCGCACUCUGGACAGCAGGAAUGUUCGCUACACCCAUCGUGGUCAAGAAAAAGCUCGCACCUACAGCUGGGCUCAGAAUCAGGGUGUGGAUCACAACUACUCAGGACCAGGAGGACCCCUUUAUGGUCGUCUCUGCUACAGCAGCCACACCUUACCGGUUCUACGCCGCACCCCAGGAGGAACAUUCGAGCCAGGCUUGGCAGAGCUGGCGUAUCGCUUCCCUGGGGGUCAGCCAGACCACUCCUUGGUCAUCCAGAACCAGGGAGCCAUGGUCGGGCCCAUGGAGUCUGGGGCGGUGUACAUAGCCCCCACAGACCCGAGCACAGGAAGCCGAACGGGGAGUCGCACGGGAAGUCGCGAUGGGACUGCGCCCCAAAGUGGGGUGAGCACGUCGGACGGAGGGACACCGAGAACCACCGACAGCCAGGAGAGAGGAGGAGGGACGGGAACUGCCAGCAACUGUACAGAGGGCAGCAGUGAGGACAAAGUCAACCACAGUCAAGAUGUGGACUGGCCCCGAACUGAAACCGCUCGUGCUCGCCUACGUUCCCUCCAGGUGCAGUCGGAGACUUUACCCAGGGAGCAUAACCUCGUCAUGACCCGAUCCGGCUCCAUGAUCGGCCAAGGUCACGGCGUGGGAGGCUGGGUGUGCGACUCGGCUACCCUCCCCUUGGCGGGACGCAGGGCCUCCCGAUCUGGUUUGUCCCCCAAACGCACAGGCUCCAGUGUGGCUGAAUCCGACUCCAGUGGAGGAGGAGGAGGAAGCGGAGGUGGAAAUGGAAAUGGUGGAACCUCCACAGAUGGACAACAGCAACCUGCAAGUGGACGCAACUAUGCCACAGUCCUGCAGGGCGAGGUGUCUGGACAGAGGGACUACCCUGGCACUCUAGGGAGAGGAGGACUGGAGAUGGGGAGCAAUUUUGUGGUGGCGAGGCCAGACAGGGAGAACGGAGGAAUAUCACUGGCCGGGACUCCGUCGAUGUACCCGGAAGCAGCUGGCUUUAUUGGGGACUGGCGUGAUCGAGUGGGUCUGGGAGGGUAUGUUUUGGGCAGGAGGGAUAUGACCCCGCAGAUUUUAUCCUUCCCAGGGCAGCCUCGGGGAGCGUAUGGUGGAGUGAUGGGCUUCGGGGCAAACUGGGUUCCAGGAAUGGAGGCGGCAAGAGGGGCACCCGGGACAGGGGGUCCCUCCUUGGCAUUGAGGGUGGGUGAGUUCCUUCGUCUACGUCUUGCCCAGGUCACGUUUGACCCCUCGCAGCCACCGUACGACUCUGUGCAGGUGUACGGCCUGGAAGGGACAGGGUCCAGGGCCGGAUCCCUGAGCUCGCUAGAGAGCGAAGGGGAGAAGGAUACAGAGAAGGAAGAUUGGGGAGCAGGGCUGGAAGAGUGGGGUCCCCAGUUCCACAAAUUAGCCCAACUCUUCAAAGACAGGGAGAAAGAGAGGGAAGAUAAGGAAAAAAUUGAGGAAGGUGCCAAAAAGGAGAAGGAAACGGCAGAGGAGCCCAAGAAGAAAGAGAAAAAAGAGGGAGGAGAUCAGGCUGGAGAAGACUGAGAGAGGAUGAAAAUGACACAGAUAGGGGUAAAGGGGUAAGAGAGGAAGGCAGGGAAUAGGAGGAUGAUGAAAAGGCAACUAGAGCUAGAAUAAUGCGAAGAGAAGUUAAAGGGGAGAAAGAUGAAGAGGCAAAGUAAUAAAAAGAGACAGAGAAAAAUGAGCCUAGGGAGGAUGGAGAAUGCGAAGGCAGGGGAGGGAGUGAUUGAUGUAAUUUAAAGCAAUAAGUGUUGAAACGCUGAUAUGGUUGAGCACAGAUACUGAGACAAUGCAGAGGCUGCUUCUGCUCGGGGCAGCAACAAUUUGUUAAACGCUUUGGACAAAGAAAAACAACCCAAACAUCCAAGACUCGAUUUAAUUCAGCGCUCACGUAUGGAAUAAGAAACAGCAGGAAACAAGGCGGAAGGCGUCUCUCGUUCUUGUGUGUUGACCUGAUCUUCAUGUCAGCGUGUGUUCGUAUGUGAGAGGAUGUGUGAGCACAAAAAGGCAUAUAUGAACUUGUAUGUGCGUGUGUGCGUGUUUGCAUAUUUAACAGAGACAGAGCAAAACAGUCAGGGAGGAAUCACAAUACCCAGAGACAACAUAAAGACGACAUUAAUGCUAUGUGCCGCAUAAGCUGCGGCAUUAGUUUUUCGGGACAAGUGUGCAAGAACAAACAUUAAACAUGGAAGUUCAGGAAGUAGGAUAACACACGGGGGAAUAAAACUGAUGUUUGACUAGAAAGAGAAUGGGACGACGAGGAUGUAUAGAAAGAGAAACGGUCUUGGAAGUGAGACGAUUGUACAGAAACUGUUUUUUAUUCCAUCUGCAGUGGCAGAAAAGUGAAUUAUUCAGCUUGCUACUCCAUUCCAAAUGAAAAUGAUGAAUCAUUUAAAUCCUGCAAAAGAUUCUCCCUCCUCUCAGCCCACAAGGAAAAGACAUUGUGAAAAAUUUAAAUGAUUUAGGGAUGUGAUCCCCCCCCUCGCCCCCUCCCCUCGUCGCUCUCAUCCCCCCCAGCUUUUUGUAGUCGAGUGUUGGUAUGUUUACAAAGACCCACUCACACACACACAGACACACACACACACACAAAAGAACUGAUUAGUGCCACAAGGCUUUGAUUGUACUACAGUAAAAUUAUAAAAGCCAAACCAUCCACAAAUAUUCUAUUUACUAUAUGGAGCAAUGAUGACUCUAUUAUCGAUCGGCUUAAAUGUUUUUAUGGAAGAGUUCAGCUAUUUUUUAUUCCCAACUCCCCUCUUUUCCUAAUAGUCUCUCUUGACACACCUUAAGGACAAAGUAUGCAUGAUAUUUGAAAACAACAAAGCGGCAAUCAAUUCCCACUCUGUACACUCAUAGUGCCCAAAUGAAAAUUUUCCACACAUCUGUAAUGAAAUUGUAGGGGAACAACGCCACAGAGACUCCCGCAGCAGGCUUUUUGUUCUUGUUAAAGGUCAGGAUGCAAAUGAGCUGGAGUUUUCAGCUGGAAUGCACUUUUAUACUGUGUGAUGUUCAAUAAUAGAUAAUGAAUAAUGUCAAAGACUACAGUUGUUUUAUAAGAUGUCAAUUAAACGCAAAGAUACAAAUGUUUGACUGUAUGUAAAAGCAUUUCAAAUGUAAAUACCACUGAAUAUUAUUGCUAAAAAGAGAGUAUAUAAAAUGAAAAAUGAGUUUAAAAAAAAACAAAAAAAAAACCAGAACUUAGAUGUCCAAAUGGAGCACUGUCGGGACUAUCUGUAUGUACUGUAGAUUAGAAAUGGAUUUACUGAGCUGGACUUUAACAGCCUCCUGGACUGAAAACAACACCAUGUAUUCAACAUCUGUGUUUGGGUUUGUUGUGUGGUAGCUCUUCGUCUGAGAUGGACAAGCCAAGGAUUCAAUUAUACAUGUGGCCUCUGGCGGAAGUUUGUUGUGGAAAAUUUUAGUUACAGACGAGCCUGUGAGCUCACCUGUCCUAGUGAACAACCAAUUUGAUGAAAAUCAAAUGGAGUGGGGAGAAAUUCCCCUAUAAGGCAUACAAAGCAAACAAAAAUAUAGAUAUUUUCCCAAAAAUCUGGAUUAUUAUUGUGCAAAAGUAGAACAAAAAUGGAAUUUGUAAUGGGUUUUGUAUUGCCUGAGAGACAUGGAGGUUUUAUAGAUGGUUGCUUCUCUUUAGAAAUACAAUAAACUCGACAUCAAGGAAAAGUGACUUCUUUCAUCUUUCAUGCAUUUCAGGCAAUGCAGUUAAAAUACCAAAUAAUAUUGCUUUUUUGUUGGCCUUAGCAAAUACUCUAAUUUUGCAGAAUAGUAAUUGAACCUUCAAAUUUAUUGACUUUUCCUGAAAAACUAAUUUCUUUGAGUCCAGAGAGGAUUUUUUGCCACAUAUCUUAGCUUGAAUGUGGACGUCUUUGGUGCGCCAUCGCAGAAAUGUCACUGUUCUGUUCUCACUGGUCCACUGUAACGUUUACUCACAAGUCAAGUCAAGCUGCCAGCUUCGUUAGUGUCCACCAGCUUGGUCCACCAUAAUCUUGUCGUCAUGGUUCUACUGUCAACACUUAUUCAAUCAGGAAGUCGGGCUGCUUUCACUCAAUAAAAUGAAACCCAUUCACACCUCUGUACUCUGUACCUGAGCCACAGAUUUGCCCACACAGUGCCACUGUGCAAACCGGACGGUAUCAGGACCAAUGUACAAAAACUGCACAAUAACUGGAGAGGAGCGGAGGCGGUGCAGAACCUCAGGGAGGACUGAGCUAUGAUCAGUUUUGGCUAAUUAACAAUAUCUCAACUCUCUACAUUUGAACAAAUCUUUUUUCAGUUAUGUAACGUUGAUUAAAAAUUCUGAAGGCUGUUAGACACUUAAGGGAUGAUUCUGGUUUAUUACAAAGUGGAGCGUCUUUGAAUCAUUUCUGCCGUACUUUGUAUCAGUAAUAAUAACACUAUAGGCAGCGAGUUAAUUGUUGAGAUCUGGAAGUAAAUGAAAUUGCUAAAAGAAGUCUAGUGGGGCAACAACUUACUUGGAAAAAUGUAAAUUCAGCUAUUGCAUCAAAGUAAUUUUUGCUUUUCAGUAUCCCAUUGAGUUUUAAACAUUAUUGAAUUAAUCAAAUGAAAAAUCAUCUCCAGUGAUGAUCAUGUGGAAUGUGUCAGUUGCAUCUUCCUCUUCUGUGUACCCAGGUUUCCCAAGAGAAUCUGAAGCAAACUUUUGAAAUGUUUCGAAAAAUUAAACAAAACAAAACAAAUGCAUUAGGCCUGUUUUCAUUGAUCACUUUGUAAUGAAAAUAAAUUUAAAAAAUAGGCUGUCUAGUGUCAUCAGAAGGUGUCAGUAUAGGCUGCAUUAUGCAUGGCUGUAAUAAACAGAGUAGAAGAAGCCAGAAACAAAACCAAUGACAGCCCCAAUGCUCAUGCUACCACACUAUGUAAUACCCAAGAAAAAGAUUUACAUUUAGUCCCAAUGCAUAAUGUAUCAAAUGCCCCAAAUACCAGGAUGUCCAUGUACAUUCUCUCUCAUUUUGCUGUAUGCAAGCUAAGCAUGCUUUUCUGGCCUUUCUGACACACAAUCCUCUGUGCAGCAUGAGAUAUAUCACAUACAUCAAGCAAUAAGCCUGAGAUGUCGAAAGUGCACAAACAGCUUAUUUCACACUGCAGACUGUUGCAGAUCUAGAAGCAAGAUGGUCAAAGCCAAAGGCAGGAUUUAAGACGUAAUGGUGUAUUCCAACUGCAUCUUACUGCGUGCGAUAGUACAUACGUUGUAAAGGCACCUGUGGCACGUACUGAGAGGAAAAUGAAAAUAAUACAAUUUGAAAACCUUGUAGAAGAAGAAACAAAAUAAAGGUUUGCCAUUUUUCUUUCGUGUCAUUUGGUAUUGGCCAUGUUUCAUGCUCUCCAGCAAAUAAGACAAUGGAAGAAAGCAGAAACUAUCAUUCGUGUGAGUUGAAUGUUCACCAGAAGUUAUUUCAAAAAGGUGUUUUGAUCACCCAUUAUGCAUAGUAACUCUUUUUUCAAACAACCAUCUUAAGCCAGUGUACAAUUUUCUUGUGAAAUUGGGGAUGUUUUUUUUAAACUUGCCAUUUCCAUGCAAAUUUCUAAUGUAAUACUUUCAGUGUGAUUAUGGAAACAUAGCUAGUCUGAGUGAACCCCAUGAAGAGGAUCAAGCUUUUGUCUUCUUCAUAGUCCAGCGAUGUGCUUCUGCCAGUAGUACGUGUUCAUUAUUUGUUAGCUAGCUAGCUGCGCUCUGGAUGUUUUCCCAGUUGCUAAACAGUUUCAUGUGCAAUAUCACUUCCGCUGGGUUGGGGGAUGCCUGACCCUGAUUUGCAUGUAGCUCGGGGGCCAAAACAGAUUGUAAUCAGAUGUUAGUGUAAAUGAGAGAGGAUUAAAUGAAAAGGUGCAAAUGAGGCUGUAGGGGGUGUUCCCAUUUGGUUUUACAUGUCUUUUGAUCUUGCCCUAUUUGACUUUGUUGCUGCAAUGUUUCCAUGUUCUCAGCAAUUAGUCUGGUGCGUACAAUGAACUAAUAGAAAUGAUGUUCAAAGCUACAAUUGUAAGACUCAAGUUGUAACAAACCAGGAUUUUCCUUAAAAAAAUGUGCUGAAUUUCACUGGUACACUUUAAAUGACUGCUGAAGAAUAAGCAUUGUUGAGAGCACAAAUGUGUUGCUUUGCCAAUACACCAUCUGUGCAAUGUUUUCCUUUACAUUUAUGUAUAAUGUGCCAACUUUACUCAACACAUGCACACGCACACUGUAACAAUCCCCACUUUUAUUACAGUAUUGACAAUUCUUGGGCAGCCAUUGCAAAAGCAAUUAGCAUGGUAUACCAACAAGUGACCUUUCUCGCCAUUCUAAUUAUAUGGUUUAUUCCACAGUCUUGAUUGGCUCCAGGUGUCUCAUCUUUGCUGAUUCAAAGCUUUGGCUGAUUGGUCAAAAUCAAAGUGAUAAUUCUCCUGAUUUGUCUUAUUUCAGAGUUCUGGAGUGCUGUGCCGACUAAACCACUUGACAGAGCUGAUUAUCCCACCUCCUGAGCCCGGCAAAUUGGUUCAAUCAAAAGCGUGAUUAGUUGAAUCAGUUGUUUUAAAUAGAAUAAAAGCCUGCAGUCUCUGCAGCACUCCACAGAUCUUUCUCAGUCUUUCAGCUAGCUUCGAUGCACCGACUGAUGAAAGUGGUCGACCAGUUGCGAAGUCCUCUAUAGAAAAUAGCUGCAUACUGAGCACAGUGAAGCCCCACUCGAAUGACAAGAGCAGCUCUCUAACUAUCCAGACAUAUAGUGACUGCAUAUGUAGCGUAAAGGUCGUGACCUCUGCUCCUCAUCUUGACCCUCAACAGGUAGAUCCCCUAUUGGUUCUGCACCUCCUCCCCUCGGUGACUUCAUUGCUCCUGCACGAUGUUGAUACAAUUCCACAGUUGCGUGCUGAACAAAGUGUAUUUAUUUCUGUUGUACUUUUUCUUUUUGUAAAUUUGAAUAAAAAAGGAACUAUUUCAAAGCGA